CCUCCAAGAUAUCCAUUGUCGUCAGUGUGUCCCUCGAUAUCAUCAUGCCUUCUGCGGCCGAUAAUUUCGAUCUGCCUCUUGCGAAGAGGCAGAAACGAGUAUCCCAGGUUAAGGCUGGAACACGUGGUUCCAAAAUCUUUGCUCCUUUCCGUACACUAGGAUUGGUGUCGCCAACACCCGUUCCCUUUACAUCGGUGCGCCUGGGUAAAUCGACCUUUCAAAUCACAACCUCCGUGGGACACUCGCUGCAGACUUAUGAUUUGCGCCGAGGCUUGAACCUCAUCUUUCUGAGUCGACCGCAAACACCGGAGAUCAUUACGGCAACAUGUGCGUGGCAGGAUAAGGUAUUCGCAGCUUGGGGCCAUCUCCGCUCGCAGGCCCCCGGAGGCAUCUGGGUUUUCAAGCGCGGCAAAAGAGUUGCAGUCCUUGAGAGUCCCGCAGACCUAAAGGGACCUAUCGAGCGCUUGGUGGUUUUUGGUUCAUGGGUGGUUGGUUGCUGGACCGGCGGCCUCGAGGUUUGGAAAACGAGCACAUACGAGCACUAUGCCAGUCUGCGCCCACAGGGUUCCUCUGGAGAGAAGAUCUACGCGGGGGUAAUGUGCAACAUGCCGACUUAUCUGAACAAGAUCUUCGUGGGCCGAUCGGACGGAGCGGUCGAUAUCUGGAAUCUCCGCAGUGGAAAGCUUCUUCACACAUUGCCUCCUUUGUCGGCAGAUGCUGGGCCAGUGACUGCGAUUCACCCAACUCCUGCUCUAUCCCUUGUUGCUAUUGCCUACAAGGGCGGUGCGUUGGCUAUUCAGAACGUUAGCUCAGGCCAGCUGAUUUUGUCUCUCAAAAACGCAUCAUCCCGUGGUCUGCCGGUAACAUCCAUCACUUUCCGCGGCGACGGAUUGGGUGCUGGUCACGAUGGUCGUAGCUCGGGUGUCAUGGCCACAGCGUCAAGUGGUAGCGGGGAUAUCACACUCUGGGACUUGAAUAAUGGAGGUCGCAUUGCAGGCAUUCUUCGUGGAGCCCAUCGAGUGUCAAGCGGCGAAAAGCCCAUGGGCGCUAACCGUGUUGAGUUCUUGGAUGGACAGCCAGUGCUCGUGUCAUCAGGUGAUGACAAUUCUUUGAAGACUUGGAUCUUUGACGAAACGCCAUUUUCGCCCAUUCCCAGACCUCUUCACAGAAGAAAUGGACACUCUGCUGCCGUCAGCGCUCUCGAUUUCCUGCCGACUUCUUCAGAUGGUUCCGAGUCUGGCGGCAAGUGGCUUCUUAGUGCAAGCAAGGAUUGCAGUCUCUGGGGGCUUAGUCUGCGCAAAGACAGCCAGCAUACCGAGAUCUCGCAGGGUAGCUUGGAGCGCAAGGCUAAGAAGGGAGGGCCAUCAAACAUCUCAAAUACAGAGGAUCUCAAGGCCCCCGAGGUUACAUGCAUUGCCUGCAGCCUUAACCGUGAUGGCGGAAUGGGAGUCACCACUUCUGGUCCAAUCUGGUCGAACCCCAAGGUUACAAACGCCGAUGCUUCCAAUGCAACCGGUUGGGAAAGCGUGGUCACUGGCCACCGAGGUGAUAAGUUUGCACGUACUUGGUUCUGGGGCAAGAAGAAGGCAGGUAGAUGGGCGUUUGCAACCAGUGAUGGAACAGAAGUCAAGAGCGUGACUGUUUCACAAUGUGGUACUUUCGCUGUCAUCGGAUCAGCUGGAGGUUCUAUUGACAUGUUCAACAUGCAGUCUGGUCUGCAUCGACAAAGUUUCCCGGCUCGCCCCCAAGCUGGCCGUGGCAUCAAAUCCAAUGUCCAGGCCUCGAUCGCUGCGGCUACUAAACACACUAAAGCCGUGACUGGCUUGAUGAUCGACAGCUUGAACCGUACCGUUGUCAGCUGUGGCCUGGAUGGCAAAGUCAAGUUUUGGGAUCUUCUCUCUGGAAAAUUCAUCGAUGAACUAGACUGGCACCCCAUGGCUGCCAUUACUGGACUUCGUUAUAACAAGGCUAGCGAACUAGUCGCCUUCAGCUGUGACGACCUCUCGAUCCGUGUGAUUGAUCUCGAGACCAGAAAGCUCGUUCGUGAGUUCUGGGGAUGCGUCGGUCAAGUCAACGAUUUCAUCUUCUCGAAUGAUGGACGAUGGAUUGUUGCUGCCUCCAUGGACUCAGUGGUACGCGUAUGGGAUAUGCCCACCGGACACCUGGUUGACAUUUUCCGCGUCUCAAGCACAUGUGUCGCUCUGGCCAUGUCACCAACCGGUGAAUUCCUCGCCACUGCACACGCUGGUAGCAUUGGCAUCAGUCUGUGGAGCAACCGCAGCCUUUUCAUGCCUGUGUCAACCAAAAACCUGGAUGAGAACGUUAUUGAGAACGUUGGCCUUCCGGCAACAUCAGGAGAAGGCGGUGCUGGUCUUAUUGAAGCUGCCUUUGUGGAUACUACCGAGCUAGAUGAGGAAGAUGGCCCAGUACUAGCGACGGAGCAACUACAACACGACAUGAUGACUCUGAGUCUUGUCCCAAAGAGCAGAUGGCAGUCAUUGAUUCACCUAGAUACUAUACGGGAACGUAAUCGUCCCAAGGAAGCCCCCAAGGCACCCGAGAAGGCACCUUUCUUCCUUCCUUCUCUCCUCGGUUCCAGUGGGCCCGAGGCCGCCAGCGAAAUCCCCGGCACCGAGGAUAUCGACGCGGCAUCAGUGGCCAAAAUUGCUGAAGCUGAAAGGAUGCGGAUUGCCAGGUUGCAAAAUGGCGGAACCGCCAGUGCUCCUCAAUCUAUUUUCACUCGAUCAUUGGCAUCCGGCCAUGAUUCCGGUGACUUCAGCUCAUUUAUCGACCAUCUCAAGACCUUAUCCCCGGCUAAAGCAGACCUCGAGAUUCGCUCACUGGAUCCUCGGGUACGUGAUGGACACUCUGAGUUGUCCGAUUUCGUUGUUGCCCUGACUGCUCGCUUGAAGUCAAAGAGAGACUUUGAGCUUGUUAAUGCUUGGAUGGCGGUCUUCUUGAAGAUCCACGCCGACACUGUGAGUCUCAGCUCUACUCAAGAUGAGCCUCAGUAUCGUCUGUUGCAAGAGGCUCUAGCAAUUUGGUCUGCUGAGCAACAGCGGGAGGGAAAGCGCCUGGCUGAGCUGGUGGGCUACUGUCGCGGAGUUGUUGGGUUCUUGCGAUCUGCUCGGCAUCUCCUUCCAUAUGCCGAAAGUGUUUUGUUAGAUGGGAGGGCAAUCGAUUCAGAACUUCCGCGCGUGCAGGCCGUUGUCAUUGACGGACCCAGUCUAGUAUACCAUGUAUACCGCCGACUCCUGGGCUGGAUGGACCCAAGCAGCGAUGUCCUUGACUACCAGCCAACCUGCGAUGAAAUCAGUCGUGGGGUCAUCAGCUUCCUUCUUCAAUUAACCAGAAUGGGGGUUAACAUAAUUGAAAAAUUACGGCAUCGAUUGGAAUUGGCCCGUCGGAAUCUCUCUCUGCCUGCGACGCCCAAAUGUCGCGAUGUCAUCCCGACUAAGCGAGGACAGGUCUGGUGCAGUCGAGGCUUGCCUCAGCGACGGAAGGGUCUUCCAGAGAACCCUUUCAUGGUAUCGGCGGUCUUUGAGGACUUGCAGACCCGAUGGACCAAGGAACGGAUCCAGAAAGAGGUUGACGAUGAUGUCAGCUGUCUUGUCGCCGAUACUGAUUACCCCUGGGCCGAUAUCACCGUCAUGGUACCAGGAGAAGCUGAUGUUGAGUGUGCUCGUGUGGCAAAACUUACCGGCUGUGCGGUGUUGACAGAUGAUUCGGAUCUCCUGCUUCACGAUCUUGGCGAGAAUGGCGCGGUCUUGUUUUUGGACUCGGUGCAAACGUCUUCAGGUGUCUGGAAUCCGGCCGACCCGGAUAUUCGGGGGCUGAGAAUCUGUCCUCAUUCGCUUUCCGGCCGAUUGGGCAUCCCAAGCGUUCAGUGGUUUGGUUAUGAAUUGCAAAAAAAUCAUCACCUGCGGUUUGCUGAACUUACUAGGAUAGCUAAGGAGAGCAGUGAGGCGACUGAGCUCUCCUCUGAAUACCUGGAGUUUCUUCAAGAGUAUCAACCCGAGGACACAGAUAAUGAGGUGAUACGUGGCGCAGGGCAGUCCACACAACCAAUGGAUCCGAGAGUAUCAGAGUUAUUUUGGCAGUAUGAACUUCCCGGUAUCUACAGUUCGGGCGAACAGCCACACGUCUAUCUCGGGAUUCUGAACGAAGACUCUUCCAGGCGAUGUGCCUGGGAACAAGGUCGAACCUAUAGGUCCCUUGGGUACUCAUUUUUCAACAUUUCCCGUCCUGCUGCCAACCAGUUUGCGGCUGUGCAUGAAUUUGUCCGCAGAGGUGGAAGGAUCGUGGCCGAGGAGAUCACUUUAAGCGGAACAAAGGCCGUAACCUCCGACCUGGAUCUCGUCCGGAGACGCCUUGCCCAUGCACAUGCUACCUUUGACGAAGGUCUCGCACCUGAGAGCUUCUGGUUUUUGUAUGCUCUUUCCGAUAUCUACCGUGAUGGAGCCGGCACAACUACAGUUCCGAGUGCGAAGGAAUUGGAGAGCUUUCUUACAAAGGGAUAUAUGGCGCAAAGUACCAAAUGGACGGACAUUCACCUUCUCGCCCAAAUCCAAGCUGCAUUAUACUCUCUGCGAAUACUGAAGCAGCUUUUCGAUAUCGCAGCUCCUAGUGAUGAUUUGGUUGAAUCCAGCUCACUACUUGCGGAUUUACCCCCACUACACAUAUUGAUGUCGCGACAGAAAAUGAUCGAGAGUUUUGCCAACACUCGUCAUGUCCGGCAUGCGGUUCGCCAAUUGAUAGAGACAUAUGGUUAA